AUGCGCGCGGCGAGCGAAAAGGCGAAGCGAGAGUUCAUGAGCAGUGAUCGAGGCGUGGUGUCCGUGUGCUCGUGUUUGUUGAAGGAGCUCGAGGGCACGAGCGUGGAUUGGUCCGUGGACGUCAUCGGCGCGAUGACGAAUUUAAUGGUGCAGUUCUCAGACUUAGAUUGCGUGGACGUCGAUCGCGUGCGAGAUAAGUUGAUCGAUGCGUUUGAACGCUUGGUCGAUUACGCGCAGACGGCGGCGGAGAGCAAUUUCUCUUCCAUGUCCAAGGAUAUGCGCGAUGUUUAUGUGGAUAUCGUGUGGAUUAUUACUGAGUUGGUGAAUGGUGCGGAUGCGAAAGAAAAAGCGGAUUGGGAGCGAUUCGUCAACACCGCUACUAACGCGAUUCUCAUCGAAAAUUUGCCCCCUCUGAUGCGACGGGAAACGCUUCUCUGUUUGAAAUCGGUCACGCAAGGAUGUGUGGACACGUCGACCGCACUUAAAGAUGCGAUUUAUCCGAACGCUAACGUCAAAAGAAGUAGACGCGGUGACUCGAACUCCAAGCUCGGUUUACUUAGGCAAGUGUUUUUGAAGUGCGGCGAUUUCAACGCCCAAAAGCACAUCGCCGAGAUUUUGUUCCGUCUCGUCAAGGCGAACCUUCUCGAACAAGACGUCGCGUCUACCAUCUUCAAGCACGUGACGUCACAGUUUAAGGAUUUAUUCAGGAUUCAAGAUACCGCGCAGAUGUUCAAAUCGCUCAAGACUUUGGUUCGACACUUCAACGCCGCGCAAGGCAGCGCUGCCUCGGUCAAGUCUUUUGAAGCCAAAAAUUUACGUCUAGUUGACUUGCAAGUGCACGAUAAAUGGGUCAAUUUCGGUCAAGAAAUGCUCACCGUGCACGUGGUCAUGGAAGACGAUGGUAGUAUUGAGCCGGUGGAUAUCUUGUACUCGAACAUUCGCGCGUUUUCUAUGCCCAAGAAAAACGUCGCGCACAUCGGCAUUCGCGAGAAACCUCUUGGCUUGGCGGCGGAAGAUCCUUUUGAUAUCGAAGACGACGAGUGGAUUCAAAUCGAAUUCCAUGAUCAAAAUGUUCCGGCUGUGAUUGAACAGCUGUUUCGAAUCGGUAAGCAAAACGACAUCGUCGAAAUGUACAUCACGAAUGCAAACUUGGUGCCGAGCAAAAAAAUGUCCGCGGGCAUCUUAGACGUCGAAUUGAACUCUGAGUCUGAAUCUUUGGAACAUGAUGCGCCCGCGGUGAAACCGACGCCCGUCGUGCUCAAAUCGAAGUCGAAGCCGAAGCCGAAGAAAGCGCCUCGGAAGACUCGUGAGAAAACUGCCGCUCUAGUGGUCUCCGAAACAGAAUCCGAUUCUGAGGAAGUGCCGAAAGCCGUCAAGCCGACGCAAGCGUCUCGACAGCUUCCGAAGCGUAAAGCGAAGCAAGAUGGUAUCAAAAAGUUAAACCAGCAGCUCAAUGAUAUUUUAGAGACUUCCGAUCUCGCCGAAGAGCCUGAACCGUCGCUGUCUCCUCCACCGGCAAAGCGCACCUCGCCUCCGCAACGACUUCAACCUGUUCGUCAGCUUGAGUAUUCUCCGCGACGCGAAAUGGAGGACGAUGAGGACAACGACAACGACGACGACGACGCGCAAGAAGAUGAAUGGACUCAUGAAGAUAUUCCUGCUCUCGUGAAGAUGAUCAAGGCGAAAGGUACGACGAAGAAGCAGCGCGAGGAAUACCAGCGCGUCGUCGAUCGAUUGAAGCAAAGCGAAUCUCGCGAUGUUUCUUUGGGGAAGUCAUUGUUUAAAACGCCCGCGCCGUCGCUUCAAGCGCCGAAGACCGGACCACGACCUGGCAUACUCAAGUCCCCCGACGCUAAGCGUUUGAAAACCGGUCCUUAUGAUAGCGUCGUGGAUUGGCGCAAGCGUCUCGCCCCAGUUCAAACGACAAAGAAGCCCGCUCGAACGACUACGACGGCGACUACGACUACGACGGACUUGAACUUUGACGACGAUGAAGACGAUGAAGACACUGGUGGUGGUACUUUAACCCCUCUGUCAAACUUUCUCAACGCAUCUGACGAUGUCUCGCCGUUACUGAGCGACGAAAAAGCGAAGAAGAAGUCUAAAACUCGCCGCUCGGCGCCCGCGGACGUCGCCGCCAUGGGCGACGACAUGGUUGGAUUCCAGCAAAUGAUGCAAUCUCUCGCCGAACGCAAUCGACGAAUCGCGCGCGAGCGCAUCGAGUCACUCGUGAACGAGUUCAGAGUCGAGUCCGAGGCCGCGAGUCGUAAGUUCAUCUCUCAAGCCGAACAAGAUUACGAAACGUUCGCGCGCGCCGCCGGGCGCCAAGCCGCCGAGCGUUCGCGAGAGUCCAAAACCAUCGCCUCUCGCGUCGAAGCCCUCACUCGCGAGUACAAAUCCGCGCUCCGCGUCGCCUACGAAGAUUUUACCGCCAACAAGCGCGCCAUCGUCGCCGACACCGCCCGCAUCACCGACGAUCUCGCGCAAAUCGACGCCAAGCACGCCGCCGCCGCCAAGCGGCUCCUCGAAAAGCUCGACGCCAAGCGCCGCAAGGUCGCCACCGACGUCGACACCGCCGCUCGCGCCGCCCACACCAACGACGGCGUUAAAUCCAUGCUCUUAGAGCUCGCUCGCAAGAUGUGA